AAUAACCAAAAACAAGUAUGAUUUUUAUUACCGGUCACUUGGCAACAAAAAUUGCAUUGUACAAAGUUUAACGAUUUUUGACUAACAUUUGGAGACGUUUUUUCCUGUCUUAUUUUCCAUUAGUUGACAAGAAGCACCCCCAUUAUUACAGUUUAUUGAAAAAAGUAUAUAUUCAGUUAUGGAAAUUUUCAACAGUAACAAUGGUACAAAUAAUGAAUACCAAGACUUUUAUAACACAAAGGGACCACCACUUACUGAAAACGAAUUAGAAGAAAAGACAAUUGUAAAAGAAAAAGAACUCAUUAGAUUACGAAAGAAAAAACUACAAGAAGAAGGCGAGAAAUUAAGAAAAGAACAAGCAAUUAAGAGUAUGAAGUACCUCCUCUCUAAAAGUGUGAAAUAUUCUAACUUUUUCCAAGAGAAACUUCAGAAAUACAAUAUAGAUCCAAAAACAAAAAGAAAGAAACCCUUACAAGAAAUUAAAGUGGAAGACUGGAUGGAUAAUAAUACCGUAUUGCAUUCCAACAAGAAAGAAAAAAACACUAAAGAUAAUACAAUUGAUGUUACCAAACAGAUAAAAUAUUUUGAAGGUGGCACAUUAAGACAAUAUCAAAUUGAAGGAUUGACAUGGAUGAUUGUCUUAUUUGAAAAUGGUGUAAAUGGUAUAUUAGCAGAUGAGAUGGGUUUGGGGAAAACUGUUCAAGUUAUUGCACUAAUUUGCUAUUUAAUUCAAAGAGAAAUAAAAGGUCCUUUUUUAAUAGUAGCUCCUCUAUCAACUAUUCCUAACUGGAUUUCAGAGUUUAAAAGGUUUGCUCCUAAGAUUCCUGUGGUGUUACUACAUGGCAAUGUUUAUGAAAGAAAUGAUCAAAUCAGAAAUAUUUUGCAAAGGGAAUAUAAGUUAGAAGGAAAACCUGUUCAACCAGUGGUUGUUACGACCUAUAGCGUGCCUUUUUUAGUAGGAAAUUUCUUCAGAAGCCUUAAAUGGCAAUAUGUAAUUGUGGAUGAAGGACAUCGCCUUAAAAACGCCAACUCAAAAUUAUCCCAGGAGUUACGUUGCUUAACAACAGUUAACAAAUUAUUAUUGACCGGGACUCCUUUGCAGAAUAGUUUAAUAGAAUUAUGGGCCCUUUUAAAUUUUCUUUUGCCUCAUAUUUUUACCGAUAUGGAUACUUUUGCUUCGCUCUUGAUGUUAGAAGACGUGGACAAUGGUAAAAUAGUGCAAGAAGAAGAGAAAAACAACGUCAUUUCGACAAUUCAUAAGGUGUUGGCCCCGUUUAUGUUGCGUAGAUUAAAAAGCGACGUAAUGACAGAUCUGGUUCCUAAAAAAGAAGUUUUGGUAUACUGCCCCUUAACAGAACUUCAAAGAGAUCUUUACACUUACAUUAUACAAAAGAAUAUUGCAAAAUUGCGGGGACAAGUGAGUAACGGGAACGAUGAAGUUUUAAACUGUGAUAAUGAAGUAGUUGAUGAUGAACCAAAAAGAAAACGUGCCUGUGUAUUAAAAAAAACGAGUUAUGUUGAAAAAACUGAGAAUGAUGUGGAAGACCUUUUUUACGAGGAGUUUAUAAAAGAGGAGGAAGCGUUAUUGAAGAAAAAUCUCAACCGUGAAAGGGUCCAUUUUAUCUACAGAAUUACCCUCCAAAACAACAUGAUGAUGUUUAAAAAAGUCGUCGACCAUCCUUUUCUCGUUCAUUUCCCCUUGGACCCAACCAGUAAGGAAAAAAAGCUGCUAGUCAAUGAAGAUAUAGUUACCCAGAGUGGCAAAAUGCUCGUCCUAGAUGCUAUGCUUGCUAAACUUAAAAAAAAGAAUCAUAAGGUUUUGAUAUUCAGUACUUUAGUUAUGCAGUUGGACAUUAUUGAAGAUUAUCUUAUAAUGAGAGAUUAUAAGUACUGUAGAUUGGACGGCCAACAAAAAUUGUCCCAACGCCAGGAGAAUAUUGAAAUGUUCAAUAAGGAUCCUGAAACUUUUGUUUUUCUAAUAUCAACUCGAGCAGGAGGUUUGGGUUUGAAUUUAACAGCAGCCGACACGGUUAUUCUUUAUGAUAGAGAUUGGAAUCCCCAAGCUGACAUUCAAGCACAAGAUAGAUGUCACCGAAUCGGUCAAAAAAAACCUGUUGUUGUUUACUCAUUAGUAACAAAAAAUACUAUCGAUGAGCAAAUUAUUCACUGUGGAAAUUUGAAACGACGCUUAGAAAAAAUUGUGAUGCAAGAUGGAAAAUUCAAAUCAUUAAAAGGCGAUGACAAAGCAAGAGCUGAGCUGGAUUUGGAAGAGUUACAGAGACUAUUAAAUUUGAGCGAUUACUCACAGAAAAUACAUUCGAAUGGUUACGUAUUUAGUGACGAAGAACUUGAAAAGUUACUGGACAGAAGCGACUUAUACAAAGAACUCGAAGCUAUGCAAUUAAAAGAAUUAUUGUAAUAAAACACACGCUCUUCCAGUGCUUCAAGUUGUGAUAUUAUAUAAUACUUAUUUGUUAGUCUAGUAAAAACCUCAGGACGUUGUUAACUCCUUUAAUUUAAUCUGUAUUUUGGUGUAGUGACAUGUCAGUCUUAAUGUUGUAUUUAUUUGAUGCUGCAAAAGUCAAUCUUUUGUUAACCAAACUAAACGUUUUAGUAAGUAGUAUGUAACAUGUUCGUACCUUGUUUUUACCUUGUCUGUUUUUCUUAUUUAUUAUAAUGAACACUAUAUACGAAAAACAUUUUGUGUAUAACUUAUGUAAGUUUAAAAUUAACGUUUUGCUGUUACAGAAAGUUAGAAUGGUAGUCAAACAAAAGAUGUCUUUUCCUACGUAUUAAUAAUUAGU